CCUCCCCCAGUAUCCCGGCGUGCCCCGCACUGGGGUAAAGGUCGCGAGGCGGAGAGGGCGGCACUGGUUCGACGGGGACACGGCGCCCCGGUCCCGUUCUUCCCCCGCCACCUGCCGCUGCCGCCAUGGCGGAGCAGCCGCAGCCCAUCAGCCCCGUGAAGAACUUCUUCGCUGGCGGUUUUGGAGGUGUCUGCCUGGUGUUCGUGGGGCACCCGCUGGACACCAUCAAGGUCAGACUGCAAACCCAGCCUAAGCCGCAGCCUGGGCAGCCUCCUCUCUAUUCUGGGACCUUCGACUGCUUCCGAAAGACUCUUGUUGGAGAGGGAGUCCGAGGCUUAUACAGAGGAAUGGCAGCUCCUAUUGUGGGAGUGACACCCAUGUUUGCCGUGUGCUUCUUCGGAUUUGGCUUGGGAAAAAGACUUCAACAGAGAAAACCUGAUGACGUUUUGACAUAUCCUCAGCUGUUUGCUGCUGGCAUGUUGUCGGGAGUGUUCACAACAGUAAUCAUGGCUCCAGGAGAGAGAAUCAAGUGCCUUUUACAGAUCCAGGCAGCUACAGGUGAAACUAAAUACAGUGGCUCUUUGGACUGUGCCAAACAGCUGUACCGCGAGGCUGGGAUUCGUGGCGUGUACAAGGGGACAGUGCUCACCCUCAUGAGAGACGUCCCAGCCAGCGGAAUGUACUUCAUGACGUACGAAUGGCUGAAGAACAUUCUGACCCCUGAGGGAAAGAGUGUGAGUGAGCUCAGUGCGCCCAGGAUCCUGUUUGCUGGCGGCCUGGCCGGGAUCUUCAACUGGGCGGUUGCCAUUCCACCAGAUGUGCUGAAAUCCCGUUUCCAGACCGCUCCUCCAGGAAAAUACCCAAAUGGCUUUAGAGAUGUGCUGAGAGAGCUGAUCAGAGAGGAAGGAGUUGCAUCUCUGUAUAAGGGCUUCACAGCUGUAAUGAUCAGGGCAUUUCCUGCUAAUGCGGCAUGUUUUCUUGGUUUCGAAGUUGCCAUGAAGUUUCUUAACUGGAUUGCACCAGGUCUAUGAAGACUGGGAAGCCUUUGGAAAUUAGGAGAAGGAAAAGAGUGCAAGUCUGCCUCAAAGGAAUAAAUUGAAGUUUCAGGAAUGAUUGCUUGCCUAAUACCUUUCUGCCUUCCUCACAUUCUUCAGGUGGUGCUAGGUGCUGUUCGGAAAUGUAAUCUGUAGCUCUGAAGCAGAGGUAAUGAGGAGAGUUAUGGUGAUAAACCUGUCUUCUGAGCCAAUGUUCCACAGCAGUCAUGCUGCUAACACACUGCUGUCACUAUUACACUACCUUAAGUACUUCCUUAUGGAAGAAGGGGACACUUCUUAAAAUGUAAUUCUUUGUUUACUGAAGAAACACGUAGCUAUUAAUGCUGAAACAUUUCCUUAAAGUGAUUGUUGAUGUGUACUUCACUCUCAGCUGCACGUACCGGUAUCAACACGCGAUGUUGGAUAGCGCUCUCAUCUCUUGUAGUUUUUCACUUGUGCCCAUUUCUAUGUUGACAGCGGUUUUAAUCUUAUACGCAUGCAAUGCAGCAAACACCGAGCUGGGCAGGGGAGGCCAGAGCUACGUUUCAGUGGCCUGGGAGGUAUUACAGGUCUUUUCUGAGGAACUAGGAGGAAAAAUGAAUUGUGCUUAACAUUUCUACUGAGCUUUACUGAGGCAGCCGUUGAGGAAAGGUGUUUGAUUAACCGCAGCUUUUCUCUGAAAUCCCUUUCUGUCUCACUGAAGAUAUCCCAAAUGUGAUUUCAAAAGGACAGCGUGGUUCAUAGCAACCCACAAUAUGUUUGAUUCAUCAAAUGUUGUGUCCUGGGAUUCAGUCUCUGACCCAAGAAAAUUCAACAGGACUUCCAAGAACUCAGUCCCCCUGACACAAGGGGGAUACGUGAAGGGGACACUGGCUCUGCAGUCUUGUCUAACUGUAUUCUUGCUCCUGUUCCUUUGUUUUCUCUUAAUAUUGUUAAACAUAAUCACAUUUUCUUUUGAGAAAUUACUAAUGCUAAGAAGCAAAAUGCAACUUUAAUUUCUCUUUGGUUUUGAUGCAGUAUUGUUGUAACUCAAUAAAGCUGGUUGCUGCUUGGCCA